AUGUAUUUCUCUGUAUGUCUAGUAAUUUGUUUCGCUGUACCCGGCGGAUGCGAGAUAAAUAUUAGUGCUUGGGAGUGGGAGGCGGAACCUCACGAGCGCAUCGUGGCACGUUAUUUCCUCAGAAGACAGGGGUGCAGCGUCAGUGACUGCGCGUACACACAAGACGCGUCGCGCCUGGCGGACGCGGAUGCCGUGCUCGUGGUACUGGACGCCAGCGGGGACACUCCUCCCACUCGCGCUGCAGCUCGACACCCGCGCCAGCGCUGGGUGUUCGCGGCCACGGGCUCUCCUUUACACACUAUCCCCUCCAGUAUGAUCGCCGGGUUGGCCGGUCUAUUUAACUGGUCUAUGACUUACAGAAGCGACGCUGACGUCCCGAUCCCGUACGGGCGAACCUUGGCGCUCGUAGCACCACCACCAGUCACCUCGUCAUCAGUCAGCCUGCCCGCGCUGGUGCCGCACUGGCGGCGCAAGCGGCGCGACGUGCUGGCGGCGGCGCUGCUCUCCAACUGCCGCGCGCGCGACCGCAUGCGCGCCCUGAACGCGCUGCAGAGAUACAUGCGUCUGCACUACUAUGGAAAUUGUUUCUACCGCCGACCUAGCCAGGAGUUCCACGCGUGGCGGCGUCACUUCGUAGUAUCGGUCGAGGACGCGUGGGAGGGCGCGCGCGGCCGCCUGUGCCGCCUGUGCGAGGCGCUCCAAUACAACGCGCGCCAGCCCAGGCUCUACGACGAGGAUGACCUCAGGCGCUUCCUGGACCCUCACGUACGUAUUAUAUGUUCGAAAUGGGAAUCUCGCGAGAAAUGUGACGAAAACGUCGUGGCCACAGCCUCCCUGCUGGCAAUAUCGGGCCGCACCUGA